AUGACCAACUCUCCCCGCAGGUUACCAAAUGCAGAAAAUUCUAUGGCAACUGUAGCCAAUGGUUACCUAGGUACCAUAGUUUAUAGUGAAAAUCUGUAUCUAAAUGGUUUUUAUAAUGGUAGAGGUCUGAACAGUCAUCGAGCAAAAAUACCGUCACCUUGCAAUGUUCGAGUGUCUCUGCCAGUGUUGCAGUGUGAAGAGAUCUACCGACUUGAUGUUAAAGAAGCUGUGUUUUAUCAUCAAAUUAGUACACCGGAUUAUGCAAUUGAACAACGUAUAUACGCACAUCAGUUGUAUCCUCAGUUAUUGGUAUGUGACAUCAUAAUUCAGAAAAAUCACAAAUAUGCUAAUGAGAUAAUUGUCAGUGUUCAAGACAAUUUUACCCCUGAGUCAUCUGAUCUUGAAGUGAAUUUUUCCUCUGAUAGCAGUGUAAGCUCAAUGUAUGGCAAAAUCUUGGCACCGGAAUCUGACACAAGUGGUUAUUUAGAUGUUUUCAUAUUCUGGAACCAGUUUCCAAAAUUGCUAAUUUUACAACCGAACGAGGAGCGGAAGUCUUGGUUUUCCAUCAUCUCAGUGUCACAAAUUAAAUCUAAAGCAUUGGAAUCUUACAAAUUGGGCACGGAGAUGACCAAAGCAGAUGAACUUUUCAAUAGCCACAUUGCAUCAUGGGAAACUAAGUGGAAGAGUGGAAAUAUAGACUUAGAUGGCGAUGUUUAUCUUUCAAAGGCAAUUCAUGCUUCCAUGUACUAUAUCCUGAGCUCGUUGCCACCUAUAAUGAGUGAAGAAUUUCCAUUUUAUGGCCUAAGUCCUGGUAGCCUAGCAACAGGAGGCAGAAGUCAUGACGAUGACUACCAUGGUCAUGUUUUCUGGGACAUGGAGAUAUGGAUGUAUCCUCCAAUUCUAGCUUUUCAUCCAUCACUUGCUAGGAAGAUGCUUCUCUAUCGGGUACAGUGUCUAGAUGAAGCAAAGAAUAAGGCUCGUCGGCAUGGUUACAGAGGAGCAAUGUUUCCCUGGGAAAGUGCUUACUCAGGUAUAGAGGUGUGUCCAGGCGCUGUCUAUGCCAAUAAUGAACAGCAUAUAACUGGAGAUAUAGCGUGGGCAGUUCAACAAUAUCUGUAUGUAACAAGAGAUGUGUCAUUUUUAACCAAUGAUGGUGGUUGGGAGUUGAUUUACAAUAUUGCAGUGUUCUGGGAAAGCAGAGUUGAUUAUGAUGACAGUAUUGAUAAAUAUGUUAUAAACAGUGUAAUGCCACCAGAUGAGUACCAUCAUUGUAUUGACAACUCUGUAUACACCAAUGUUAUCGCCACAAUCAGUCUAAUGCUACCAUACUUUGCUGCUAAGUUAAUGAAGAAUAAAGUGACAGUGCCAGAGCAGUGGAGACACAUUGCGGAUAAUAUCUAUAUACCAUUUGAUGAGAAAAAUAAAUAUCAUCCAGAGUUUGAUGGAUACACUAAAGGUAAAAAAACAGUUAAUUUACAAAAAAUCGUAAUUCAGUGUUUACAGUGA